UCGAUCCGCUUUUUCUGCGGCAACGGUGCUGCGCGCGUCGCUAACCGAGGGGCACGAGCGCAGAGCAGCUAGAACCAUGAGACCGCUUCUACUUGGGGUGUUGGGCUGCUCCCUGGUCCUGUCCGUCCAGGCUUUGUACUCAGCUGGCGAUGAUGUGGUUGAGCUCACCGCCUCCAACUUCAACCGGGAGGUGAUCCAGAGCGACGGCCUGUGGCUGGUCGAGUUUUACGCUCCCUGGUGUGGUCACUGUCAGAAUCUAGCUCCAGAUUGGAAGAAGGCUGCCACUGCCCUCAAGGGAAUUGUCAAGAUCGGUGCCGUAGAUGCAGACCAGCACAAGUCACUGGGUGGACAGUAUGGCGUCAGAGGGUUCCCCACCAUCAAGAUCUUUGGAGCUAAUAAGAACAAGCCGGAGGAGUACCAAGGUGGACGCAGUAGCCAGGCCAUUGUGGAUGGUGCCUUGAACGCCUUGCGCAGUCUGGUGAAAGACCGGCUGAGCGGCAAAUCUGGCAGCUCUGGCUACAGCAAACAGCAGAGUGGUGGUGGUGGCGGCGGCGGCAGUGGUGGUGGCAGCAAGAAGGAUGUCGUCGAGCUCACAGAUGACAACUUUGACAAGAUGGUGCUGCAGAGUGAUGAUGUGUGGAUGGUGGAGUUCUUUGCCCCCUGGUGUGGACACUGCAAGAACCUGGAGCCUGAGUGGGCAGCUGCCGCCGCAGCUGUCAAGGAGCAGACCAAGGGCAAAGUUCGCCUCGGAGCUGUGGAUGCAACUGUACACCAGGUUCUGUCCAGCCGCUAUGGGAUCCGUGGAUUUCCCACCAUCAAGAUCUUCCGCAAAGGCGAUGAGCCCGAGGACUACCAAGGAGGCCGCUCCCGUGGUGACAUCAUCGAGAGGGCUUUGGAUCUGUUCUCUGACAACGCUCCACCUCCUGAACUGCUGGAGAUCCUCAAUGAAGACAUCUUGAAGAAGACCUGUGAGGACAGUCAGCUGUGCAUAAUUGGUGUGCUGCCUCACAUCCUGGACACAGGCGCAGCUGGUAGAAACGGCUAUCUGGAGGUGAUGAUCAAGAUGGCUGAGAAGUACAAGAAGAAGAUGUGGGGCUGGCUGUGGACUGAGGCAGGAGCUCAGAUGGAGCUGGAAGCCUCUCUGGGUAUUGGUGGAUUUGGCUACCCUGCCAUGGCUGCUAUCAACACGCGCAAGAUGAAAUUUGCUCUGCUGAGGGGCUCCUUCAGCGAGACUGGCAUUCACGACUUUCUCAGAGAGCUUUCUGUGGGCCGUGGCUCUACUGCCACGUUGGGAGGUGGGGCCAUGCCCAAGAUUCACGCUGCUGAACCCUGGGAUGGCAAAGAUGGACAGCUUCCUGUGGAGGAGGAGUAUGACCUCAGUGAUGUAGACCUGGAUGAUGAUUUUGACAAGGACGAAUUAUGAGCCCAAACGGGGCAGGAUCUGAUCCAGACUGGUUUGGUUGGAUCUGGUCUGGUCCGGUCCUGCACGACCUGCCUCCCCUCUCCUGUGGACAAGUGAGAGGCCUGGUCGCCCAGUUACUGAAAUACUCCAGAAAAGACACGAGAGACACCUGCAGUUUCUCAUAUCAUCUCUGUCAGUCACAUGGGGACAGGAGGGAG